AUGGAGCCAGACCAGAUCAUCUUGAAUCAGCUUAUGAAAGCCAUACAGACCAUGGGAGAUCGGAUGACCCAGCUGGAAAAGUCUGGUCUUGCAUUACCUGAAGGAAGACAUAGAGUUGGCGAGACACCUAGAGCUGGAUAUGUGGAACCAAAGCCACCAGACCCUUCACUGAUCAUCCCACAUCAAACUUCUAAAACUCAAAGCCAUAUUGUUCAUUCUUAUUCUGAUUAUGGAUCUGCUAAGAAAACUAAACUUUAUACAUUUUCAGGAAGAAGAAGCUACCUAGAGUGGGAGAGAAACUUGGAUGAGUGGUUCUACUACAACAACAUCCUGAAGAAAGAGAGGUUAGCUUUUGCUAUUGACCAGCUCAGAGAUGUUGCUUUCAAAUGGUGGAUAAAAGAACAAGAUGAAAGAUGGUUGUACAAGGAGCCAACUAUCACCACUUGGAGAGAUCUUAAGGAAGCCAUGAGAGAUGAGUUUGCACCAGAGUUUACCAAUUCUCAAAUCAGGGAACACUACCCUAGAAGGUGUCCAAACCGUGACUCACAAGAGGCAUUAAGAGUAGUACCACAAGAAGGUCAAAGAGACAUGCUUCCACAAGCAAUCUCUCAGCCAAAACAGAGACAUCAAUCUACUUAUUGUUCAAGCCAAAAUAAUGGCGUGCCAAUGACCAUGGAGAAGAACAAAGUUCUCAGCCAAAGCACAUUGUGCAAAAUAGAUAGAAAACCAGAUCAAGCAAGUGUUCAAACAAAGCCUAAGGUAAGUCCUACACUUGAUCAAUUGGUUUAUAAUUCAUCUACCACUGUUAUGAUGCACUUGUCUUUGUCAAAAGGUGUUGUAACAGGGCUUGAGGAGUCCAUGAAAGAAGAGACAACAGGCGCAAUCCAUGUUAUAAACCAGAUGAGAGUUCAAGACACAAUGCAGCCUAAGAUGCUUAAAGAAGCAAAACCAGUGAUGAAAAUAUCCUACCAAG